UACACAAAGGUCUCUUGACGACAUCUGCACUUUCUGGUACUGACGGUUCUUCAAACUGUCCACGCUCCUCCCCCCGUUCAUAUGACAUUUCUUUGUCGUUGAUGCACAUGACAUGGGAGGCAGAUUCCGAAUUGUCAUCAUCACCCGACCCGGGACAACAUUUUCCG